GUGGUACCCCUGGCAAAAAAAGGGUCCGUGGGGCUUUUGAACCGCUAGUCCGAUUUCAGGCACGUCAUAACUUACUCGCAGCUGUCCUCCAAUCUUUUCGGCCGUUUCCAGCUGCAAAGCCACACUCUUCAGAAAACUGCGGAUUGGAAAACGACUCCAAAACUUCUCAAGCUCCGAUACAAUUCACGACGCCGAGGAUAAAGCUCCGUCAACACCGCCAAGAUGUCGAUGUUCCGGGCUAAGAAGCUCGACAUUGGCUGCUUCGUCAAUAUUAAGACAAUCCGAGAUCACUCCAAGAGGAAGGCUUUCGCUCAAUUCGAGCCUGAGAGACAAGCUCUGAGAUACAUCAUCCGAAACACCACGCUUCCCGCGCGAACGAGAGCCGAAGCCCAGCUACAGCUGACGCAGAUGCACUGCUACACUCGACCAACACAGAUCCGAGGGCGAUGUCUAUUAGGUGGUAAAGGAAGAGGUAUAUUGCGCGACUUCAAACUCUCGCGAUAUAAUUUCAGAAUGCAGGCUCUGGCUGGCAACAUUCCGGGUGUGCGUAAGGCCAGCUGGUAAGGCCGAACCCGCGAUGGCGAUUAUUGUAGAAUACAUGGCCAUACUACAUCGGCUCACGAUCGAUAUGCCGCAAGCAACGAGUGUACAUUAUAUUAUUACGACGACAUAAAUGAAUGAACCUCCGACAUUAACCGCAGUGCCUAUGACUAGGUUUAUGCGGAAUGAAGAUAGGACAAAGUAAUUGUUCUGUGAUUUCUAAGGCGCUCCCAAUCAAUUUGUUAACCGCUGUUCGCUAUUCGGAAUAUAAGGUUGCCUCUGAUGAUGCGAAAACAAGAUUCGAGUUGUUCUUAUUAUGAAAUUUCUCGGUUACUAAUAUCUUAAUAUCUACUAACAGAGGAGGUAGUGAUGACCCAGUAUGCAAUACGUAAAUCACUU